ACCCAUACAGACCCGCAGGACUCAACGCAGGCCUGCCAGCUCCACUGCCCUGAGCUCCCCUGGUGCGAGGCCCAGUGGGCAGUGCUGGAGCCCCAGUGGCUUGGGAUGGGGAGACCGGGACUCUGAGCUGGCUAGUGUUGUUGGGUGCUGGCUGCAUGCCCGCCAUGUGCUGGGCGCCGGGAUCCACUGGUUCCUGACACCCUCACCUGCCCCUGGGGGUGCGGCCGUCUUCUAGAGGGGGAAACUGAGGGUCAGCGCGGAAUGUGGGGGGAGCCCAGGCUGGCCCGGGGAGCAGUUGGCGGUGGAGGCCUUGGGCAACUUCCCGUGUUCCCACUGAGUGGGGCUGUCCCUGGGCCUGGGCGGGGACGCCGCCAACUGCCAAGGCCUGUGUAUAAGGGUGGCCACCACCUUAGCCACAGAGCUGCCCCGCCAUGUCGUGGCUGACAGUCCUGGCCCUGCUGGCUGGUCUGCUGGCGUCCUCGAGGGCCGGCUCCGGCCCCCUCGUGGACAUCGUGGGCGGCCGGAAGGCGAGGCCCCGCCAGUUCCCGUUCCUGGCCUCCAUUCAGAAUCAAGGCAGGCACUUCUGCGGGGGUGCCCUGAUCCAUGCCCGCUUCGUGAUGACCGCGGCCAGCUGCUUCCGAAGCCAGAACCCUGGGGUUGGCACCGUGGUGCUGGGCGCCUAUGACCUGAGGCGGCGGGAGAGGCAGUCCCGCCAGACGUUUUCCAUCAGCAGCAUGAGCGAGAACGGCUACGACCCCCAGCAGAACCUCAACGACCUGAUGCUGCUUCAGCUGGACCGCGAGGCCAACCUCACCAGCAGCGUGGCGAUACUGCCACUGCCUCCACAGAACGCCAUGGUGGAAGCUGGCACCAGAUGCCAGGUGGCCGGCUGGGGAAGCCGGGGCAGCGGGAGACGUCUCUCCCGUUUUCCCAGGUUCGUCAACGUGACUGUGACCCCCGAGGACCAGUGUCGCCCCAACAAUGUGUGCACCGGUGUGCUCACCCGCCGCGGCGGCAUCUGCAAUGGGGAUGGGGGCACCCCACUCGUCUGCGAUGGCCUGGCACACGGCGUGGCCUCCUUCUCCGUGGGGCCCUGUGGCCGAGGCCCCGACUUCUUCACCCGAGUGGCGGUCUUCCGAGACUGGAUCGAUGGUGUUCUCAACAACCCGGGACCAGGGCCAGCCUAGGGGGGCCUGUGACCUCCCACGGAGCCCAGCCCCGCCCUCCACACCUCCCGCGCUCCACACCCACCUCUCGCAGCCCCGCCCCUGUCCCCGCUCCGGCCGGCGGGGUCCUGGCUGUAAUAAAGAAGUCGAUCUCGCCUCUG